CAUUAGCAGUGAAUGUGUUUUAUUCAAACACGUGUUGAAUUUAAGUAUAUUAAAUAAUAACUCCUUUUGUGGCUAAACUUUACUCAAAUGGCUGUUAUUCAACGUAUAAAGAAACCUACAACGCGCAAAGGCAAAAAAGUUUUACUUUCCAAGGAACCAAAGCCUGUUGAAGGACCGAAGCAAUGUAUUUUUCUACAAGGUCGUAAUCCAUCAGACAAAACCAGAAAAUUAUUAAAAGAUGUAUAUGAACUGAAAAAGCCCGACGCCGCAUUUUUAAGCCGAAAAAAUGAUUUCGUACCCUUCGAAGAUGCCAGCCUUAUUGAGAAGAUGUGUUACAAAAAAGAAGCGGCUUUGUUUGGUGUUGGAUCACAUAGCAAAAAGCGUCCACAUAACAUAAUACUUGGAAGAACAUUUAACUAUGGAAUCUUAGAUAUGAUAGAAUUGGGUGCUGACAAAUUCAAAGCCAUGUCAGAGUUUCACAAUAUGAAGGUGUUGGCUGGACUCAAGCCCUGUUUGAUCUUCAAUGGUCCAGCAUGGGACUUGAAUCAAGAUUUAAAGAGAUUAAAAUCUUUGUUUAUUGAUUUCUUUCACAGAGAAAAGGUAGAAAGCAUAAGACUUCAAGGGUUGGAACAUGCUUUAAGUUUUACUGCAACAGAAAAUGGUUCAAUUUAUUUUAGAUCUUAUAGAAUUCUGCUAAAGAAAAGUGGGCAGCGAACACCCAGAGUUGAACUGGAGGAAAUAGGUCCCUCAAUAGAUUUCAAAUUGAGGAGAACUAAGUUGGCGUCAGAUGAUCUGUACAAGGAAUCUUGUAAGAUACCUCGUGAAGUGAAACCACUUACAAAGAAGAAUAUAUCAAAGGAUGCUUUCGGUACAAAACUGGGUCGCAUUCACAUUGGCAAGCAAGAUAUACCAAGAUUACAGACUCGCAAGAUGAAAGGUCUUAAGAAAACGCCAGAAGAAAAGAAGCUAAUGUUACGUAAGAAAAAGUUAGCAAGAAAACAGGCUACAGCAUAAUAA